AACUCAAGGUUGAGCUGGGAGUUCAACCUUGAAGAGGAGUGGAUGGCUCUGUUUCCGCCUCGGCUAUAACGGAACACUUAUUUGCCUUUUGGGUCAAAAUGUUGCCGCCUGGCAUUCCUCUUCUGCGGCCCGCUUUCUGACCCUAGGGGGCCCUAUUGCCUGGGGUCGCAGGGAAGAGGAAUGGCUGCAGCAGAAGAAAAACCACCCACACAUCCAUGGGUAAAGGAUAAGGUGCUUGGUACUGGAGGAUUUGGAACAGUUACCUUGUGGCGGCACAAUGACACGGGGGAAACAAUUGCCUUGAAAAAAUGUCGCUGGGGCACUCCAGGCACAGGCACAGAGAAUAUAUUAACACCAAAACAUGUCGAGCGUUGGGAAAAGGAAGUGGAGAUCAUGAACCGUCUCGAUCACCAUGCAGUUGUCAAAUGCUUUCAAGUGCCAUCUGAGCUGACUGGGCCCACUGGGGAUUUACCAAUGCUUUGCAUGGAGUACUGCAGUGGGGGGGAUCUUCGGAAGGUGUUAAACAAACCAGAAAAUUGUUGUGGUAUGCGUGAAGCAACUGUCCGUGCUUGUAUACGUGAUAUGACAGAAGCUGUGGCAUACUUGCACUCGAUGAGAAUUAUCCAUCGAGACCUGAAACCAGAAAACAUUGUCCUCCAAGAUGUCGAUGGAAAGACAGUGUAUAAGCUUAUUGACCUGGGUUAUGCUAAAGAACUGGACCAGAGUAGUGUGUGCACAUCAUUUGUGGGCACUCUCCAGUACCUGGCCCCAGAGCUGUUCCUAAGUAAGAGAUAUACUUGCACUGUUGAUUACUGGAGCUUGGGUCUAGUCACACACGAGAUCAUCACAGGCGUCAGACCAUUUCUUCCAAACAUGACACCGGUAGAGUGGAUGAAGCGAGUACGAACAAAACAGUCUCACCACGUUUGUGUGUAUGAGGGACGAAAUGGUGAAGUACAGUUUUCUUCACACAUGUUCAAUGAAUGUCACAUCUCCUCCCCUUUUAGAACACGACUGGAGGAGUGGCUCCGAAUAAUGCUGGAAUGGGAACCUGGUCUUCGAGGUCAAGUACAAGACGAUGACGGAGGCAAACAAGUGGUUGCGUUUACUAUGAUCAAUGAUGUUCUUAAUAAAAAGAUGAUCAAAGUGUUUGUUGUGGAUUUAUGUCGACUCUUGGAGUAUGAAGUAUCAGAAGCAACAUCUCUAUCUGAAGUUCAGCAAUUGGUCGCUCAAGACAGUGGUGUGGCCAUAGAGGACCAACGGCCGCUGCUUCCCCGUGGUCAGCCUCCUGAUUCAACCCGGCCAGCCAUUCAGUGUUGGGCUCCACCAGAUGAAGAUGAAUGGCUGCUGUACAUCUUUGCAGAAGGUAUGACUCGACCACAAGUGCCACCACACUUUCCACCACUGGUGGAAGCAAUGCUGCGUGAGCCACGGACAACUGUCGAUUACCAAACGCAGCGCAGGAUGUGGGCACAUGCUAUUUUCUUCCUCCACCGUGAGGCUCGACUCCUUACUCUUCUGACACAGGCGCAGAAAGUGUCUAUGCUCCAUCUAAUGUCUGGGCAUGCACAGCUAACAAAAACUGGCCAGAGAAUGCUCAGUGAUAUUGCGAAGUUGCAAGCACGUCAUCAUCUAUUCAUGGAGGCACUUAAUACAGACCUUGAUUACUACGAUGAGCAGGCUUCAUCAGGACGGUUGACUUCAGAAAAGCUUUACAGUGGAUGGCGUGAGAUGGGGGAAGUGACCUUGAGGCAAGUGCAUGCUGUGGUGGAACGUGUACAGCAGUUGGAAGGAUCUCUCACUGCUCUUAAUACACGCAUAUUGGAACUCCAGUGUUCACCCUUUGCUCGGGCACGGGCUAACGACUCUCUUGAUACUGUGCUGGCAGCUGGAGAGGAACUAUACUGCAAUCUCCGACGUCGUAAUAAAGAGCAACGGUCAACACCACAUGACAACACAGACAUGUGUAAGUUACUCCUUCAGGCACUGAGAAAGAGAGACAGAUUGCAGCAGGAUCUCUACAAGCAUGUGGAAAAACAGAGUGAAUGCUGCAGUGAAGUAGCAGCACUUUCAUCCCCUCUAGAAACGGUGUUACAAGAUGCUGCCAGGACAGCACAACAUAUAUCUUCCCUACAGAAACAGCGGCAAAAAGAUAUAUGGAAAAUCAUGGAAAUUGCGAUCAACCAUAGUCGUACUGUUGGUACUGCAGGCUCGACACAAGCUAACAUGCAACCUAUUCCUAAUGCGAAGAAUUUGCAAAAGAAGCCACCAUCACCUGCAGCUCUUAGUGCUCUCACUACUCUGCUGGAGAAAUCAGGAAAGGAAUCAGAUGCCAUUAUAGCAGAAAAUCGUGCUCUUAGAUGCCAAAUGGUUGAAAUGCUGACGGGAAAUGUUAACUCCAACCUUGUGAUCGGUGAUGGGAAAUCUGUAAAUCCUACAGCUCCGCAUCUUUCUCUAGAUGGUCAUCAACUUACAUCAGGUCAUCUGCAACGCACUUCUUCUCCAAGUAUACUCCCGUCACCGAAAAAAGCAGUUGAAACCUCUUUGUAGCACUUUUGAUGUAUAAAAUAUGUAGAUAAUGUAAUUGAGACAAAUGUAUAUAUGUAUUAUAACAAAACAUGUAAACAUUUUGAGGACAGAGUGGAGGGCAAGAGCAUUUCUGACAAGUUUCACAAGUUAUGUAAAGUUAGGUAUUGCAAGAAGACUAUUUUAAAGUGAUAUAGUAUUGCCAAGAAUGUAACUACCUGUAUGUGAGAAAAUCCGUAAGAGCCGUGAUUAGGAUUCGAACAUAAGCGGUGGGCAUUUCCACUCACACACCCUAGUCAACUUGAGCCACGACAUGGUCCAUGUCGUGGCCUAUUUGACUAGGGCAUGUGUGAGGGAACACUCGCCGCAUAGGUUUGAAUCCUCAUCACAGCUGCUAUGGAUUUUUUCAUUGACAAAUCACGUUAGUGAUUACGCUGUGUAAUGUAACUAGUGUUAUUGUGGGGUGUUUUAGUGGAUAAUAUGUUAAGAGGUCUCUUUAUAUAAGGGAAUACAGUACAGUACUUAUAUAUAUAUUUAGCUUGCUCUUAAAUUGUAGUUACCAAAUCAAAUAAUGUAUUCGUAAAUGUUUGUUUAGUAUAUUGGUUAAUUUAAAAUUUUACAGUGAAAUAAUGGAAAGUCAUAAUAUAUCAUGCAUACCCGACAAUGAAAGUGCAAUUCUUAUGUAAUAAUGUAAUGAAUGUAUACUAGCUACCCUCUCCCCCCCCCCCACCCUCUUCCCUCUCCUCCUCUCCCCCCACCCUC